AGGUAAUCGCACCUUUCCCAAGAUGCUUUAUUGCAACUGGACUGGAGGCUAUAAAUGGUCAACAGCCUUGGCUUUAAGGAGCUCCACGCCCACCUGAAUGGCUCCAUCAGUUCUGACACCAUGAAAAGGUUGAUGGCCCAGAAGCCAGACCUGCAGAUCCCUAACGGGAUGACGAUGAUUGAAAAAGGAAAGAAAAGAAGGCUGGAAGAAUGUUUCCAGAUGUUUCAGAUCAUUCACCAGAUUACUAGUAGGACUGAAGACAUAUUAAUGGUAACCAAAGACGUUGUUCGGGAAUUCGCUGCUGAUGGAGUCAAGUAUCUGGAGCUACGGAGCACACCCAGAGAUGAAAACACCACCGGCAUGACCAAAAGAUCGUAUCUGGAAGCAGUCCUUGAGGGCAUAAGACAAUGCAACAAGGAAGAGCUGGACAUAGAGGUUCGAUUUCUAGUAUCUGUGGAUAGAAGAGCUGGACCAACGGUGGCCAAGCAGACGGUGAAGCUGGCCGAAGACUUUCAGCUUUCCACGGACGGAGUGGUGGUCGGAGUUGAUCUCAGUGGAAAUCCAACUGCAGGGCAUGGCAGGGACUUCCUGGAAACCCUCACGGAGGCCAGAAGAGCCGGCCUGAGGCUGUCGUUGCACCUUUCAGAGGUCCCAAAUCGGGAAGAGGAGACCAAGCUCCUUCUGGAUCUGCCUCCUGACCGAAUCGGACACGGGACCUUCCUUCAUUCUUCGCGGGAUCUUGUGGAGCUUGUUAAGCAAAACCGCACACCUUUAGAACUCUGCCUGACAUCCAACCUCAAAGGGCAGACCAUCCCCUCGAGCGACCAGCACCAUUUUGGCUUCUGGUACCGCAUGGACCAUCCUGUCGUGAUCUGCACCGAUGAUAAAGGUGUCUUUGCCACCGACCUGUCUCAGGAAUACCAGCUGGCUGCGGACACGUUUCAACUCUCGGAAGAACAAGUGUGGAACCUGUCCUACGAGGCCAUAGACCACAUUUUUGCUUCCAGUCAUACGAAAACAGCGUUGAAGGAACGGUGGAAGGCACUGAAACCGUCCAUGCUGUGAAAAGAGCUCCUCUCACUAAACCACGAAGGGCCUUCGUUUUUGACACAUUUGUUUUCUAUCGGCAACGGGAUUGUGUGUGUUUGUUUUUUAAAUACCACAGGAGAUGCUCACGACUGCGUCGCCCUCCCACCAGAAACAUGGAAAUGACGCUUUUCAGGAUCGAAUUCUCAGAAACCCGUAGCGGGCUCAAGGCCAUGGAACAAUUCAUCUUCCUAGGAGAUGCGUCAGCGUUGAUUCGCUCCUCAUCCUUGCUCAUAAAUGAACUGGUCGUGUUCAGCAAUUCAUCAAGAGCAUGAUGCCAUUUUCACUGCAGCAUUAUAAACGCUCGGCAGGAAAAGAGGGAGGCUGAGAUUUCUGUGCAAGAGGCAAAAAUUACCCAUUUCUGGUUUUGUUGAAAUUAAACAGAAUAUUCUUUGGAUCUGCCUGUGGCAGAGCCUGUAUCCAUCUUUUGUCAAAGGGCUGCGCAAUUAAUCACUUAUUAAUUACCUAGGAAAUGUACAAGAAAAACAACAGACCCAGAAUGGUACUUCAGUCAACACACAAUGCCUUGUGAAUAUAACGGAGGCGCAUCUUAUU